CAUGCUAGUUAGAUCUAAGACGCAAAUUGGCCUAUAAAUUUUCCCUGAUGCUGUUGGUGGAGAGAAACACAACAUAACAAAGACAAGUGAUCAUCACUUUUGAGAAUUAAGUAGCAUUGUAAAAUGGCUACAUUUAGCAAUUUGGGUUUUCUAGUAUUGAUUUUUCUAGGAAUUUUUAGUUCUAGCCAUGCCCAAUUACAGCAAAAUUUCUAUAGCAAGAGCUGCCCGAAAGCAGAAAAGAUGAUUCAAGACUACGUUCAAAAGCACAUUCCAAAUGCUCCAUCUCUUGCAGCUGCUUUAUUGAGAAUGCAUUUCCAUGAUUGUUUUGUCAGGGGUUGUGAUGCUUCUGUGCUCUUGAAUUCAACUUCAAGUACAGGAAAUCAAACUGAAAAAGUGGCAAUUCCAAAUCAAACACUGAGAGGAUUUUCCUUCAUAGAUGGUGUGAAGAAAAUAGUUGAAGCAGAAUGCCCUGGAGUUGUCUCUUGUGCUGAUAUUGUUGCUUUGGUUGCUAGAGACUCUGUAGUAGUCACUGGAGGUCCUUUCUGGAAUGUGCCAACUGGUAGAAGAGAUGGAAGAAUAUCAAAUGCAUCAGAAGCCUUAGCAGAUAUUCCAGCUCCAACUAGUAACUUCACUAGACUCCAGUCAUCUUUUGCCAAGAAGGGUCUUGAUCUAAAUGACUUAGUCCUAUUGUCUGGUGCUCACACCAUUGGAAUUUCUCAUUGUCCAUCAUUUUCAACACGUCUGUAUAAUUUCACCGGGACUUUUGGCACCCAAGAUCCAUCUCUAGACAGCGAGUACGCCACAAAUCUUAAAGCCAGAAAAUGCAAAUCUCUCAAUGAUAACACCACCAUAGUUGAGAUGGAUCCCGGUAGUUUCAGGACAUUUGAUCUUAGUUACUUCAAGCUCUUGCUCAAAAGGAGAGGCCUCUUCCAAUCCGAUGCUGCCUUAUUAACAAGUUCUACAACAAAGUCAUUUAUCGAUCAACUAGUAAAAGGUUCACUGGAAGAGUUUUAUGCUGAAUUUGCUAAGGCCAUGGAGAAAAUGGGCAAAAUUGAAGUUAAGACCGGUUCUAAUGGCGAAAUUAGGAAGCAAUGUGCAAUGGUGAAUUAAUAACUAAAAGAACUCUUUCCCUUGGUACCAAUUUUCUAUGAUUUUGUGUUUUGUUUUUAUGUCUGUUGUGUGAAUUAUUUGAGUUAGAUGUAUUUGAGUUACAUGUAUUACAUGUUCUUUUUGUCUGUAUUCCCUAUUUGAGGCACAUGUAUUAUAUUUGUUCUUUUGUAUCUA